AUGGACGAAAAAACAUACAAAAUAUAUAAACGAAGGAUUGCCGAAGCAAAAUCCGUAAUUGAUAAUAAACCUCCAAAAUUUGAUCUAUCUCAUUAUUACAAAACAGCUAAUUUAGAUAUCGAUGCAGCCAGAAUAAAAGUCAUAGACGCGGAAAAUAUAAAAUUAUUAAGAAGAAUGAACGUAAUUAAUCGAAUAGGUGGAACGACAGAUUGUUGGUUACCAAAGAUUGAAUACGCAUCAAGAUUUGUUGACCAAGAAAGGACUAACAGGACUAUUAUGAGACAAAAUAAAGCUUUAUUAAAAAGCAUUCGCAAUACCACUAGUCAAUACCCUGCCGCGGAAUUCAUAAAAAGUUGGCAAAAUAUGAGAAUGAAAUUAAUGCAUGGCAGAAGGAAAGUUUUUAUCUUUUACUAAUGAUUUAUUUACAUAUUUGUAUUUUAAUAACAAAAGA